AUGGAGAUUCCACUGUGUUAUCGUUUUGAUCCAACUGAUGAAGAAAUCAUUCUUCAUUAUCUCUAUAACAAAACUCAUGGCUUCCCACUCUCUUCAUCAUCUGCUAUGAUUGACUGCGAUCUCUACGAUGAAACUGAUGCCUGGAAGAAUUUCUUUAAAGCGACGAGAGAGACUACUCUUUACUUUUUCACAAAGCUUAGAAAGAAAUCGGAGAAAGGUUCCAGAGUUGAACGUGCUACAGGAAGCGGAACAUGGAGAACUCAGGGUGAUGAACAUUUGUACAAUGGUGGUGACAGAAGACAACACAUUGGAUACAAACGGAGUCUUACGUUUAUCCCCAAGAAGACUGAAGAAAAGGGAAAAUGGGUGAUGAAGGAAUAUCGGCUUCAUGACAGCCUAUUGAGGAACAAGAAGAGUGAUUUGGUAGUCUGCCGAAUCAAGAAGAAAGUCAUAGAAGAAGAAACUAUGAGAAAUAAUAAUAGUGGUAAUUUCUUGGGGGGUAAGCUGAUAGUUUCUGGGUUCCACCAAGGGAUGAAUAUGGGAGCACUAGAAGUAGACAAAAAUGAUUAUAUUGGGAGUAAUCAAAACCAAGAGCGCUACUGCUACCCAUAUGAUUUUGGUGGUAAUUAUAAUGUUUAUAGUGAGAAUCCUGUGAGUGGUGAACUAAAGGUUCCAGAUGGGCUUCAAGAAGUUGGGAUGAUGGAAGCAUUAGAAGGAAAAGAAAGUGAUUAUAUUGAUAACAGUAGUCUAGGGUUUAUAAUGAAUGAUUUGGAGGAGACGGAUAAGGCAGGCAGAAUAUCGGAAGACUUAGAUACAGCAUAUUGGAGUUGGAAAAAUCAAAUCAGUACCCAGGAGUUCUACACACCUCAUGAUCAGCACCGCGGUAUGGAAGGAUUACAAAUAGAAGAAAGUGGUUAUAUUAUUGAUUCCAAUCAAGGGGUUACAUUGGAAGAAGUAGAUAUGGCCGGAAGUAAUAAUCAGAAUGAACACGUGCAAGAGUGCCACAUAUAUGAGGCGAAUGGUGGUAAUUGUGUUAAUAGUAAGAAUUGUUUGGAUGGUGAGAACAUUGUUUCAGGAAUUUCAGAAGAGAUGAUGAGAGCAGUAGCAGAAGCAGAUGAUUAUAUUGUUAAUAAUGUGGGGUUUACGAUGGAGUACGACUGCGUGAAUGGGAGCUGUGAGCAAAACAUUAUGGAAGACUCCAGCACAUCAUUGACUCAUCAGCAUGGUGCUGUUGGUAAUGCAAUGGAAUCAAUCACCAUUUUUAUUCACCGCUGA